AUGACGAGUAUAUUAGUUCGACAAUUAUGGUCAGGUAUAGGAAAUUUAUCAUUUCUUCGUCCAACCAUACAAAUUCAACCACCUAUACGAACAAAAAUGGCACGACGAAUUAGUCGACAUCGAAUACCAACACAUGCUAAACCAAGCGAUAAAUGGGCACAAAAGAAAACAGUAGCACGAACAAUCGAACCUGAUGUUGUAUAUGAUGAUGAAUUUGCUAAAAGAAAACCAAUUGAUAAAGUAUGGUUAGUUAAAGAAUAUCCUGUUCGAUCAUGGUCACUUGAAACAGUUUUACAAUGGCAUCGAGAAAUGGUACAACCAAAAAUGCUUAAUUCAAUGGAUUCAUUUGUUUGGGCACGACUUAAACUUGAUAUGACAACAUCUAAAAAGACAAAAUUUAUUGAAAAUGUCAGAGGUUUAGUAACAUUUCCACAUUAUUUUGAAGAUCGACCACGUAAAAAUGUUGUUCUUUUUUGUCGACUUCCUGAACAUAUUAAAGCAGCUGAGAAACACGGUGCUUACAUGUUUGGUUAUACUGACGUGAUUAAACAAUUUGAACGAGGUGAUGUUACCGAUACAAAUUAUGAAUAUGUAUUAUGUGCACCAGAUGUUUAUGCUGAUAUUUUACAUUUAAGAAAAAAAAUUUCCAAAGAUAAAUUUCCUAAUCCACAAUAUGGUAGUCUUCAUCCAAAUGUUGAUCAAAUGUUAGAAAAAUUUAUUCGUGGUAAAGAAUAUCAAUCAGUAAAAUAUGAAGAAGCUCGUGCUAUACUUGAACUUCGAUUUGGCAUUAUAAAUAUGCCUCAAGAACAAUUAAUAGAAAAUUUUCAAGCACUUAUUGAACAAGUGAGCACACAUUCACAAACAAAAGUUGGUCCAUUCGUAACUGGAUGUUCAGUUUAUUGUCCACCAUCAACAGAAGAAUUUCGAGUUGAUGUUUUACCAUUUCUUCCUAGUGAAGAAGAUGUAACUGAGAAGAAAGAAUUAAAUAAACAAGUUGUUGAUGAUUUAAUUAAGAAAACAACACCUGAAAUAGGAGAUGACUUACUUAAAACAUUACCAACAAUUAAAUAA